UUCCCGUUCCGGUUCCGGUUCCGGGAUCUAGUUUGUUGUGAGCAGGCUCUGUGGGCUUGAAGCGUGUUUCUGAAGUCCGUUCGUGGGCCUGGGUUGUUAGUUUCGUGACUGCAGACAUGGCGGCCUCCACGGCGGCCGGAAAACAGCGGAUUCCUAAAGUGGCGAAGGUGAAAAACAAAGCGCCAGCCGAGGUGCAGAUAACUGCUGAACAGCUCUUAAGAGAAGCUAAGGAGAGAGAACUUGAGCUCCUCCCACCUCCUCCUCAGCAGAAGAUCACAGAUGAGGAAGAAUUGAAUGAUUACAAGCUACGGAAAAGGAAGACUUUUGAAGAUAACAUAAGAAAAAAUAGGACUGUGAUUAGUAACUGGAUAAAAUAUGCACAAUGGGAAGAGAGUCUAAAGGAAAUUCAAAGGGCUCGAUCCAUAUACGAGCGUGCUUUAGAUGUAGACUACCGAAAUAUUACACUCUGGCUGAAAUAUGCAGAAAUGGAAAUGAAGAACCGCCAGGUCAACCAUGCCCGAAAUAUCUGGGACCGCGCCAUAACAACUCUGCCACGAGUCAACCAGUUCUGGUACAAGUACACAUACAUGGAGGAGAUGUUGGGCAACGUUGCUGGAGCCCGUCAGGUGUUUGAGCGCUGGAUGGAAUGGCAGCCUGAGGAGCAGGCCUGGCACUCCUACAUCAACUUCGAGCUGAGAUACAAAGAGGUGGAGCGGGCCCGCACCAUUUAUGAACGCUUUGUGCUCGUGCACCCUGCUGUGAAGAACUGGAUCAAGUAUGCUCGAUUUGAAGAGAAGCAUGCUUAUUUUGCCCAUGCGAGGAAAGUCUACGAGAGAGCAGUUGAGUUCUUUGGGGAUGAGCAUAUGGACGAACACCUGUAUGUGGCCUUUGCUAAAUUUGAGGAAAAUCAAAAAGAGUUUGAAAGGGUACGAGUUAUCUACAAAUAUGCCCUGGAUAGAAUUUCAAAGCAAGAAGCCCAAGAACUCUUUAAAAACUAUACCAUCUUUGAGAAGAAGUUUGGUGACCGGAGGGGCAUAGAAGAUAUCAUCGUAAGCAAACGGAGGUUCCAGUAUGAAGAAGAAGUGAAGGCUAAUCCACACAAUUACGACGCAUGGUUUGAUUACUUACGCUUGGUGGAAAGUGACGCAGAAGCUGACACGGUUCGGGAAGUGUAUGAGAGAGCCAUUGCCAAUGUGCCACCCAUUCAGGAGAAGAGACACUGGAAGCGCUACAUCUACCUCUGGGUCAACUACGCCCUCUAUGAGGAGCUGGAGGCCAAGGAUCCUGAGAGGACAAGACAGGUAUAUCAAGCGUCUUUGGAACUAAUUCCUCACAAAAAGUUCACAUUUGCCAAAAUGUGGUUAUAUUAUGCACAGUUUGAAAUAAGACAGAAAAACCUGCCUUUUGCCAGGAGAGCUUUGGGGACUUCCAUAGGCAAAUGUCCAAAGAACAAGUUAUUCAAAGGUUACAUAGAACUGGAACUGCAGCUUCGAGAAUUUGACAGAUGCCGGAAGCUUUAUGAAAAGUUCUUGGAAUUUGGACCAGAAAAUUGUACCUCAUGGAUCAAGUUUGCAGAAUUAGAGACAAUCCUUGGUGAUAUCGAGAGAGCUCGGGCAAUCUAUGAAUUAGCCAUCAGCCAGCCACGCUUGGACAUGCCAGAGGUGCUUUGGAAAUCAUAUAUUGAUUUUGAGAUUGAGCAGGAAGAAACUGAAAGAACACGAAAUCUUUACCGACAAUUGCUUCAGCGAACACAGCAUGUCAAGGUAUGGAUCAGUUUUGCUCAGUUUGAGUUGUCUUCAGGGAAAGAAGGAAGUGUGGCUAAAUGCAGACAGAUAUAUGAAGAAGCCAACAAAACCAUGAGAAACUGUGAAGAAAAAGAAGAGAGGCUUAUGUUGCUGGAAUCCUGGCGAGGUUUUGAAGAUGAAUUUGGAACAGUAUCAGACAAGGAGAGAGUAGACAAACUCAUGCCAGAAAAAGUCAAGAAGAGAAGAAAGGUCCAGGCCGACGAUGGGUCUGAUGCUGGAUGGGAAGAAUACUAUGACUACAUCUUUCCAGAGGAUGCUGCCAACCAGCCUAACCUCAAGCUUCUGGCAAUGGCCAAGCUAUGGAAGAAACAGCAACAAGAAAGAGAAGCUGCCGAACAGGAUCCAGAUAAGGACAUUGAUGAGAGUGAACCCUCAUCUUUUUAAAUGUUGCAAUUGCUUUUUAUAAAUGAAUAGUUUAGAACUUUGACUUCUGGAUGUUUUGUAUUCUUACCAGUAAGGAGUUGUUUGGCAUCUUUGACAGCUACCUUUUGCAUUAUUUUUUAAAACGCUAUGGGUGUUAAGUAAAGAAAAAAUUUUUUAACAAAUUUGUUAUCUGAGUCCUAGAAUUUGCUCAUAUUGUCUUUAUUAGAUGGAAUUAAUAUGCUUAGCACCUAUGUAAGGUGGAAAUGAAGAUUUAACUCAUAAAGUGUGCAAGAUCCAUCCUUCAGGAACAGGUCUGUUGUGAUGGUAUGCAUGCAUCUGAAGCCUGUCACUUUCUUCUGUCUCUUUAAAAACACCCAAACGAGUCCAGUUCUAGUACUACGAUGUGGUGGUUGUAUAUUUGUUUCCUCAGUCGAACACGUGAUAGUUUCAUGGCACCUCAUUUUGAUUUCCUUAGAAAAGGGAUGUGGUAGUGUUAAUCUUGUUUCCACCCUAUCCCUUUUUUUUAAAGCAUUGUGCCCACUCCUUAUAGAAUUAAAUGGGCUUGGGCUAGUGUAAUCUCUAAAUAUCCCAAAGUAAUAUGUAGUGACUAAGAGUCCUUGGAGCCUUCCAUUUAUGACAGCACAACUGCCAGUUUCCGAGGCCUUGUGAAUUCUGCAGUUCUAUCUACCUAGAGAAUAUGCAUUUCCCAGCAUGCUGUGGAAUGUGUGAACUCCUAACAACUGAUGUUUUUAAACAGUUGUCAUAAACAGCAGGUGUCCAGAAGACCCACAGUGACUUGUGUGCUCAGUGAUGAUGCUGAAAGUAGCACAGUAUCGUACUUGUUGGUAUUCUGCUCACAUUAUAAAACAGCAUUUACCUAGGCUUGGAGGCACUGUUAUUUAUUCUGUAAUUCAUAGUCUCUUUGUUCACCCAGUGCCUAGAACUGUUUUUAUUCAAAAUUGGUUUCUACCUAUAAGAACCAUUAAUAAACAUCUGAUCAUUAACUGUAAGUAUAUCCAAUGGAAUAAAAAUAUUACUAAAUUGGGUCUUGAAAAUAAGGUAGGUUUGAAAACAGUAAUACUAGGAAAACAAUAGAUCCUUUCAGCCACCGGACCAGCACCAGACUCAGGCCUGAGUCUGCACUGAGUACUGAGGGUGCUAGUCAAGGAGCGGGUCUGUCACCAAACCCUUUGAAUCUUGAGCAGAUUCAAGAUGGAGGUGAAAGCAGUUCAGAAUGCUGUUCUGUAACUAAGCAGUCUUCCUAGAGCUGCUCUUUGUGCUGCUUUUAAGCAACAUUAAGACAAAAGUGACUGCUCUUAAAGUCCACUCAUAAAAAGCGUGUGCCAAUGUGACAGACUUCAAGCAUACAUUAUUCUUCCUAGAAGAAACAAUUCAUUCUGUCCAACCUUAAUAUCCCCAAAUAAGACCUUUCUAAAGUAAAAAGUUUAUACUCAGGUGCUAUGGUAUACACGUUUGUAAUCCCAACCUACCACUUGUGGGCAGAAUGGAGGAUUACUAGAGGCAGAGUUCAAGGCCAGCCUAGGCAACAUAGCAAGAGCUUACUCUCAAACACAAAACUGAACCCCAACACACAUUUUAAUGGUCAUUUUAUGUGGGCUUUUUUUGAUUACUUCUUUACUGCCUGAAUAUCUUUUUCAGUACAAGUCCGUGAUUUAAUUUGUAGUUAGAGUCUGUUUCCCCUUUGAAGGCAGGAUUGAAUGUUGUUAGAGAACGUGUGGGACCAGUAGUAGGAAACAUGGGAGGAUUUCACACCUUAAGAAGGAAGCCUGUGUAUGCCAGUCAGAGAUGAUUUCAGAUGUACAUUUUAAAAUGUUUUAUAUAAAAGUCAAAACAGAGAGGUACCUCAUCCUAAACAACAGCCCUCCAUAAUUCUGAUUAAAAGACAACAGACUUUCAGAAAACAUUCAUAGUCAACAAUGUCUUUUACUAUACAUCUCAGAUUUAUACAUUUCAUAUAUGCUUUUAAAGCUUCAAUUAAUAGUUCAAUACAAAAUAAAAUAUGUAUAUAUAUUUAUAUAUGUGCAGCAGUGGUUCUCAGGCACAGGAUUUAGGAGGAAGAUGGAGGGGGUCUUUCCUUGGCAUGUACUGCACACUGUCAACCAUGCUAGUGGAACACGUCCUUCUGACGUAGCUGCCUUGAUUGAAUUUUACUAUGGCAAACAGUUUGAACAUGUAUGCUAUUGCUCAUUGAACGAUGAGAUUUGAAGUUUAUAGCCUGUAUUUUCAUGAAGUCUUUAAGACCUAAAUGAUUACUUUCCUCCUAAUAGAGCUCCAAGAUCAUCCUAUGAAAAUAUUAUGUCCACAAACUAACUGGAACACCUGCCUAAGAACCACUGCCUAUGGUUAUUCAAUGUCCUCGGGCCUCACAGGAUGAGGUAAUGGUAUGAUGGAUUUCUUCUCAGUGUCCCUGGAGAGUGCUUUCCUCAUAUCUGUUGAGAGCAAAGAUUAAUGUAAGCAACCAAUAUUAAACGUCUUAAAAUCAAA